CGAUGUCAUUUUCGACCAUUUGAUGAGUCUUGAUAAAUCACGAACGACGUGGGAUAGUGAAUUCAUCAAUGGUUCGGUGGUUGAGAGCGUUGGUGAAUUCGAUGAGUUGGUUGAAAUAAAGAUGAAGAACCCGUUCACCAUACAAAAUCUUCGGCUCAAACGAAGUUGGAUCAGAGAUCGAGACGGUGGAUUUACCAUCGCACUCGCCAAUGUCGUAGACGCAAAUUCUUCGACAGGUGAACCAGAAGGCCUUUUUGCGGGUUGGAAAGUCGCCCGGAUAACGCCAUCACGUAUGCACGACGGGUCCGCACUUCCACGCUCUCGGCACACAUUAGCUAGACCUUGCUGUUUAGUCACAGAAGCAUCGAGGAUUCACCCCUGCGGCAGACAAAAAAUAAAUUUUGGAAAAAUGGCCGAUUUGGAAGAAGAAUUGUUGGUCUCGCGAUUAAGUGCUCUAAAGCAAUUCUGCGAGUACGCCAUGGAUAUGGAAGCGAAUAGGACUCGGUCUGCCGUGGAUAUCACAGCUGCUGAAAUGGUAGCUCGCGAGCACGGCGACUCUGCAGCAAACAAGGGAUAUCGUUGCUAUGCGCCAUCAUCUGGAUGUGCCUUUAAUUUGUGCGACUCUCAGGGUAAAAACUCCGUACAAGAAGGCUCUCUUGGAAAAGGGAAAUGGCCAUUCGAAACAGGAAUAAAAUCGACAAACUGCUGGUGCUCCCCGGAUGGAGAUGGCUUUCGAGUCCGUGGUUCGAACUACCUGCACGAUGGGAAGAAAGUGCCGGCGGGACAGCCCCUUGCAAAGUUGUUUGCAGUUGACUGGUUUGUUGAUUAUAAGCGCAUGGAUGACGUUUGUUCGAGGCCUGCAGGGACAUGCCAGCGAUACCUAUUGGUUGUUGAUUUGUUCCGUUUCCUCUUCUUCAAAAAUAACAUGGCACUUCUGUCCAGGGAACAAAAUGUGGAUCAAACACCUCUUUUGUGUUCGCUGUCAAUAUACAAGUGCCGGGUGUUCGCCAUUUCUCGAUAA